AGUAGUCUGGAUUCGGUUAACAAUAUUAUUGUCUCGACCGUACGUGCUACGUUCAAUAGUGAGUGACACUGCUUUCGCUUUGCUAUUUUCUUAUUACCAUUCCCAUAUCUUUUUUUUAUUGUGACGCUAUGGAUGAUGACGAAAUGCAACAAUUUUCUUUGCGCUGGCAUAAUCAUCAGAACAGCGUCAUCGGAGCCCUAGGCCGCAUGUUGAGCACCGGAGCCCUGACUGACGUCACUCUAAAUGCGAGCGGGACUUCGUUAAAGGCACACCGAUUGGUAUUGGCGUCUUGUAGCCAAUAUUUUUCUCAGUUAUUCAAGGAACUGGAAGCUGAAAGUAACACAGUAGUUGUAGUUCUCGGGUGUGAAGCGGCUGAACUGAGACUACUCCUACAUUUUAUGUAUACGGGUGAAGUGACCGCAUCAAAGAAGAUCCUGCCAUCACUGUUACGACUCGCCCAGACCCUGAAAGUGUCUGGUCUGACUGAUGCUGAUACAAACCCAACGUUAACCCCCACGGAAACCGAAUCCACUGACAACGAAACCUCCCCCGUCAACUUGGAAAUUAAAAACGAAGCCAAUCAACACCCCAAUAUUAACGAAAGCAUACUCGUCAACGAGAACUCCGACAGCAAUUCUAAAUUGAACUAUGAAGAUUUAACUUCACCGCAAGACGCUGGAGAAUCAAAUGCAAUAAGUGGCAAUGCUGAUUUUGUUAGAGAGAAAGAUAGAUUAAGUAAAUUGGAUCAAAUCGUCCAGAAUUUGUACAGCACACACAAGUUCAGUAGCUCGACUAACGCACAGACGCAGCCUGUUUCUAAUUUUGCACCACAAGAAUCGUACGACAGAAAAUGGCGGAUGAACAGUUCAGUGUGCACUAUAUGCAACAAACGUUUGAGCAACCAAUACAAUCUGCGCGUGCACAUGGAGACGCACGCGGGGCGGCGGCACGCGUGCCGCGCGUGCAGCCACGUGUCGAGAUCACGUGACGCGCUACGGAAGCACGUGGCGUACAGACAUGCGCCCGCGCACCACAGGGAGCGAGCGGAUUUGUGACUAGCCGACGAAAGUGUGGUGGGGAUCAGUUUAUGAGGACUUGGUGACUAUCGGGAAAUUACGUUACGCGUUAUAAAGGGGGUGGCAGGGUUCCAGG